CUGGUUUAGAAAAAGCAGCCGCCUUACGCCCACCUGCUUCACCAAUUGGCCCGUCACCCACGCGCCUUUUGCGCGGCUCUUCAUUCCAAAUAUCUGGGGUCUGCCAUAAGAUGUCGGCUGUGGCACUGUACGGUGAUGCGUACUCGGAGAGCUGUUACGGACAUCACUUACCCCACCACUUAGGCAGAACCCCACCAUCCAUCAACUAAACCGUACGCGCGCCCCCCCGCGGAUGGAGAACAGGUAGGCUUCAAUAGGGACUUGCCUAGAAUAGAUAUUCCACCAGCCUACGAGAGAGUGUGUCAAUCUCCGCCAUGGCGACUUCUACCGGAGCUCCACAGCCGCCAUCGGAGGCCAGCUUGAAGGAGCGCUUUUUCCGAUACUUCCAGCAUGAGGUCACGGACCUCCAAGAGCAAAUGGAGCGUCUAAACAAAACCGCCUACGCGGGCGGCGAGCGAAAUGAUGCGGUCGACCACUGCCUUGCAGGUAUCGAGCGCCUCUCUCACGAGGUUAAGGAUGCUUCAAGCUACAUACCCGCCUACGACCAGCGAACUUAUGGUGAAGCCAUAAAAGCGCUUUCGGAAAAGCUACAAAACAUCCGCAACUCAUUCGCGCCACCCAAGAAAUUCCAAUUCAAAACCGCGCGCAAGAACCCCUCCGCCAUCUCCCUCUCUGAUGUCGCUGAACUCGCACAACAAACCAAGCUUGGAGUGCUUGGAUACCAAUCCGACACCUCGAAUGCGAACUCCUCCUUUGCGCCGACCCCACUCGACAAAAUGUCUCCAUCCGAGGAAAAACUAGAGCCAGAACUGUGCGCGGGCGAGAAUCCUCAAGGGAUAAAGGAGGAUAAAGUAUCUGGAAUCCGAAAACCGUCCUUCUCGAACGCGAAUAGCGUGACCAUUUCGAAUCAUAGCGGCGUCCAUAUCAUCCUACCUACUUCUGCAUCGCACGCCACAAGUUCAGGAACGGUGUCGAAUCUCCGACGUUGUGUUGUGGAUCUUUCGCCGCCAACUUCCAAUGGCGGUGCUUUUGCUGGAUUGGCGCUGAAGAAUAUCAAGGAUUCAUUAAUCGUGUGCGGACACGUUGCUGGACCAAUCCAUAUCACGAGCGUGGAAAACAGUGUAAUUGUAACCGCAUGUCGCCAGUUCCGUAUGCAUGCGUCCAGGAACACAGAUGUGUAUCUCCACUGCUCAAGUCGGCCCAUCAUCGAGGAUUGCGAGGAGAUUCGGUUUGCGCCGCUGCCGGAGAAAUACAACUCCCCCGACAUAUCUGUCUCUCAGAAUCAAUGGGACCAAAUUGAUGAUUUUAAAUGGCUAAAGUCCGAACCAAGCCCACACUUCAGUCUCCUUCCCGCUUCGGACCACAUUAAAGAAGAGGUUUGGAAAGACAUCGUACCAGGCGGCCAUUCUGUUAGUCUAGAUGAUGUUCUGAGGGCCCUGGCAAUUCUUCACUGAAUUCUCGAAUCUCGCGAGCAUGGGGUACUUGUGACUCGUUGAAACGAGCUAUAGAUCGGUAGUAUCUACGGCGGGAGCAUGGCUUUACAAUCCUCUAGAAAAGACUCCUAUUGGUGGAGAACCAUAGACUAGAUUGGUGGGAGAAGACGGAUGUAAUAGUAGACGGACAGAGUGUUACGUGGCGUCCAUGGAGAGGGCAAAAUUGAGAUGUAAGUUUUCAAGGACGGAGGUUAUGGAUAUGUACGGACCGAUCGAUGAGGACGACUAUGGCGAAUGGUUGAGGCGAAGAUGUUUUUGGGAACAGUUCAGUAUUGCCGCGCUUUUGCUUUUGCUCGCGUUGUUUCUGCUAUGUAGUCAUUCCUUUUGGUUGUUUCCGAGCUACUACAGCGUUGACUCGGCUUUCGAUUAGUCAUUUUUGGCGCAAGAUACACGGAGACAAAGUGACCUCACACAAAGGCCUUUUCCGUUAUGAGUAAG